AUGCAGUCCCAGUGUGCUCCAUCCUGUGCCAUCCCAACCUGUAGGCCCACCCAUGCCAUUGGCUCCUGUGGCAUCGGCGGUGGCGGUUUCGGUUUCGGUGGCGGAUAUGGCAUGAUGGGAUACGGUGGUGGCUCCGGAUAUGCCACCUCAGCCAGCAGUCUCGGUGUGGUUCCUGGUGUACCCGUGUCUUGCAUCAGCCAGAUCCCCUCCUCUGAAGUGGUCAUCCAGCCCCCUCCAUUCUCUUUGACCAUCCCGGGGCCCAUUUUGGCUUCCAGCUGUGAGCCUUUGGCUGUAGGGGGUUAUUCCCCAUGUUCCACCGGAGGGUACGGUGUAUCUGGAGGUUAUGGCUCCCAUUAUGGAGGUGGGUACCUGGGAGGUUCCGGUGGGUACCUGGGAGGUUCCGGUGGGUACCUCGGAGGUGGCCGAUGCUAUGGUUCAAAGCGUAGACAGAGCGUCUGCAAAUACCCCUGCUAA